ACACGACCUUUUAUCUGAAAAAUUAUUAUUAUUGUUGGAGAGAUGAAAAAAAAAAAAUUAUGAGUCAAGUUAACUAUGAUACAGUAUAAUAAUUGCGUUAUAAAACUAUAGCAUUACAUUAUGAGUGGUGCAGUUAAGCUUGAAAAUACGGCCAGAAGAGAUGCUUUAAUCGACAUCGAAAAGAAGUAUCAAAAAAUCUGGUCGGAUGAAAAAGUCUUUGAAGUUAAUGCUCCAACUUAUGAGGAAGCACCAAUUGAUGAUCCUGAAGAAUUAAGAGCUAAAUAUCCUAAACAUUUUUCAACUAUGGCAUUCCCAUAUAUGAAUGGUACUUUACAUGCUGGACAUUCAUUUACUUUAUCAAAAGUUGAAUUUGCUACUGGAUUUGAAAGAAUGAAUGGUAAAAGAGCUUUAUUUCCAUUAGGAUUUCAUUGUACUGGUAUGCCAAUUAAAGCAGCAGCCGAUAAAAUUAAAAGAGAAGUUGAACUUUUUGGAACUGAUUUUUCUGGAGCUCCAACUGAUGAAGAAGAAGAAGAACCAAAAAAGGAAGCAUUUAAAACUGAAGAUGUAACUAAAUUUAAAGCUAAAAAAUCAAAAGCUGCUGCUAAACAAGGUAGAGGUAAAUUUCAAUUUGAAAUUAUGGGUCAAGCCGGUAUUCCAAAGGAAGAAAUUCCUAAAUUUGCUGAUUCUAAAUAUUGGCUUGAAUAUUUCCCUCAAUUAGUUCAAAGAGAUGUUACUAAUUUUGGUGGUAGAGUUGAUUGGAGACGUUCAUUUGUUACAACUGAUGCUAAUCCUUAUUUUGAUGCUUUUGUUAGAUGGCAAAUUACAAGAUUAAGAGAUUGUAGUAAAAUUAAAUUCGGUGAAAGAUAUACUAUUUAUUCUGAAAAGGAUGGUCAAGCAUGUUUAGAUCAUGAUAGGUCUUCAGGUGAAGGAUUAAAUCCUCAAGAAUAUACUGGUAUUAAAAUUAAAAUUACUGAAUUUGCUGAUGAAGCUAAAAAGAUUUUAGAUGAAAAUAAUUUUGAUACUGAAAAGAAUAAUAUAUUUUUAGUAGCUGCUACUUUAAGACCAGAAACAAUGUAUGGUCAAACUUGUUGUUUUGUAUCUCCAAAGAUUGAUUAUGGAUUAUUUCAUGUUGGUAAUGGUGAUUAUUAUAUUACUACUGAAAGAGCCUUUAAAAAUAUGUCUUAUCAAAAAUUAACUCCAACUAGAGGUGAUUAUAAAGCAACUCUUAUUAUUAAUGGUAAAUCAUUAAUUGGUUCUAAAAUUAAAGCUCCAUUAGCAGUUUAUGAUGAAUUAUAUAUUUUACCUAUGGAAACUGUUUUAGCUUCUAAAGGUACUGGAGUUGUUACAUGUGUUCCAUCUGAUUCACCUGAUGAUUUUAUUACUACUAAAGAUUUAUCUAAUAAACCUGAAUAUUAUAAUAUUAACAAAGAUUGGGUUAAAUCUCAAUUAGUUCCAAUUGUUCAAACUGAAAAGUAUGGAGAUAAAUGUGCAGAAUAUUUAGUUAAUGAAUUAAAGAUUCAAUCUCCAAAAGAUGCACUUCAAUUAGCUCAAGCUAAAGAAUUAGCUUAUAAAGAAGGUUAUUAUAAUGGUACUAUGAUGGUUGGUAAAUAUAAAGGAGAAAAAGUUGAAGAAGCUAAACCAAAAGUUAAAGCUGAUUUAGUUGCUUCUGGUGAUGCUUUUGUUUAUAAUGAACCAGAAGGUGUUGUUAUAUCAAGAUCAGGUGAUGAAUGUAUUGUUUCAUUAGAAGAUCAAUGGUAUAUUGAUUAUGGUGAAGAAUCUUGGAAAAAUCAAGCAUUAGAAUGUUUAGAAAGUAUGAAUACUUUUGCCAAAGAAACAAGACAUGGAUUUGAAGCUGUUUUAGAAUGGUUAAAAAAUUGGGCUGUUACAAGAAAUUUUGGUUUAGGUACAAGAUUACCAUGGGAUGAAAAAUAUUUAAUUGAAUCAUUAUCUGAUUCAACUAUUUAUAUGGCUUAUUAUACUAUUGAUCGUUUCUUACAUUCAGAUUAUUAUGGUAAAGUUAAAGGAGUUUUUGAUAUUAAACCUGAACAAUUAACUUAUGAAGUAUUUGAUUAUAUUUUUACUCGUCGUGAAAAUAUUACAACUGAUAUUCCAAUUGAACAAUUAAAAAUUAUUAGAAGAGAAUUUGAAUACUUUUAUCCAUUAGAUACCAGAAUUUCUGGUAAAGAUUUAAUUCCAAAUCAUUUAACUUUCUUCCUUUAUACUCAUGUGGCCCUUUUCCCAAAACAAUUUUGGCCAAGAGGUAUUAGAAUUAAUGGACAUUUAAUGUUAAAUAAUGCUAAAAUGUCUAAAUCUACUGGUAAUUUUAUGACUUUAGAACAAAUUGUUGAAAAAUUUGGUGCUGAUGCUUCAAGAAUUGCCUUAGCUGAUGCUGGUGAUUCUGUUGAAGAUGCUAAUUUUGAUGAAGGUAAUGCAAAUGCCGCUGUUUUACGUCUUACAACUUUAAAGGAAUGGUGUGAAGAUUUAGUUAAAAAUCAAGAUUCUCUUAGAACUGGUCCAACCGAUAAUUUCUUUGAUAAAGCUUUUGAACAUGAAAUGUCAGCAUUAGUUGAAGAAACUUAUGAACAUUAUAGUGCAACAUUUUAUAAAGCUGCAUUAAAGACUGGAUUAUUUGAUUUCCAAACUGCUAGAGAUUAUUAUAGAGAUUCAGUUUCUAAUACUAUUGGAAUGCAUAAAGAUUUAAUUCUUAAAUAUAUUGAAACUCAAGCAUUAUUAAUUGCUCCAAUUGCUCCACAUUUUGCUGAAUAUAUUUAUAAAGAAGUUCUUGGUAAUAAAGGAUCAAUUCAAACUACUAAAUUCCCAAGAGCUAGUGUUAAAGUAUCUAAAGAAAUUCUUGAUGGACUUCAAUAUGUUAAAGAUGUUGCUAGAUCAAUUCGUGAAGCUGAAGGUAAUGUUUUAAAGAAGAAGAAGGGUGGUAAACCAUCAGAAGUUGAUCAAACCAAACCAGUUAAAUUAUCAAUUUAUGUUUCUAAAACUUUCCCAAAUUGGCAAGAUAGUUAUAUUGAAUUAGUUCGAGAAUUAUUUGAAAGUCAAAAAUUAGAUGAUAAUAAAAUUAUUAGAGAAAAAGUUGGUAAAGAUAUGAAACGUGCUAUGCCAUUUAUUUCUUUAUUAAAGCAAAGAUUAACUAAAGAAUCUCCUGAAACUGUUUUUAAUAGAGAAUUAACUUUUAAUGAAAUUGAAGUACUUGAAGCGGUUGUAACUAAUCUUAAAAAGGCACCUUAUUGGCUUAAAGUUGAAGAACUUGAAUUAAUUUCCUUUGAUAAUGGAUCUACUAUUGGAACUAAUGUUCUUAAUGGUAAAGAGAUUGAAAUUCCUAAGCAAUCAAAGAUUAUUGAAGGAGCUGUUCCAGGAGAGCCUGGUAUUUUAAUUAACAAUCUUUAGAUUAAUAGAUACAAUGAUUUAAAUAAAUGAUAUAUAUUGUUAUUGUGUAUUGUAGUGUAUUGAAGUGUGUAUAACUAUAAACAUACUAUAGAUACUAGACAUACUAUAGAUACUAGACACACUAGACAC